UGGCCCAACUAGUAGGACAAUCUUGAAUGCCUUAAACUGACUUCCACCCUCCAUGAUAUAGAAGUUGUACCAUCUUCUUCUACCAACGCCUUCAUAAAUAGAAUACUAAUAUAGAUACAUCUGCCAACAUAUCUAUUCAAUACUCUCUCUCUCUCUCUCUCUCUCUCUCUCCCAUUUCCACAUGAAAACCGAGUACAGGGAAAGAGAGCAGCAGCCGUGCUGCUAUUUCCAUCAGGAACAGGUGGUCGUAGGGGUGUGUCCCAUUUGCUUGAAUGAGAGACUCGUAAUCCUUGCAGCCAAGCAAUUGGGUGAAGACUACUCCUACAGAUCAAGAAAUCAGAGUGCCAAACAGAGGAUUAGAUUUAGGCCUUCUUCCAUCAUUACCCUCCCUAAGAUUUUGGUUUUGGGUUCACUUCUCAAGUCUCAUGAUCACAAGCCAUUUGAUUACUCUUGCAGCGAUGCCUCAACUAGUACAGAAGACUCUUUCAUAUCAAUCAAAUUCGAGGAAAAUGGAGUUCCCUCUUGGGAGAUGAGCAAAUUAAUCUCUAAUGCCUCUCUAGAUUACUGCAACAUCCCUCGGAGCAGGAGCAGGAGCAAGGGCGAGGGCAAGGGCACCACCAACAGUACUGUGGUGGAGCUUCCAAAGCCACGUGGCGGCUCGCUGAGGUGGAGGAAGCGUAUUGGGCACUUGUUCCAGCUCAGCAGAUGGAAGAAGCCCACCAAAGGGAGUGGUGUGUGCCACGUUGGCAGCAGUAAGGUGGUGGAAGGGGUGAAGGUGAGGAGUUCUGGGUGGAUAAGGAGUCUGACAAAGAGGAGGAGAUCAGGCAUGGAAUAAAGGGUUUUUUUUAUUUUUUUAUUUUAAAGAUUGUGAUUUUUGGCCACGAUCUGGAUAUAAAGUCAUGUUAUCGAUAUUGUGAAGUCAAAAAGAAAAAUUAACGAACUUUUAGAGCAUCUCUAACCCAUCUCUAAAAGUCCAAAAUGGAGAAUGGAUGUAAAAUAUUGAAGAAAAACUUUGUAAUUUAUUCCUAUUUUAUGAGAUAAUCUAUGAGGGACCCAUCGUACUUUGUGGAUA